UAGCAUUAGAUGAUUUUACCAUCCAACACUCUAUUUACAUUAAAAUAAGCUAAUAUUGCUCAAUAACCUAAUUUGCCAAACACUCCCAUAAUAUGUUUAUUGGCAACGCUCCAAUAUUAGAUAAAAUUAUUUUAAGAAAUAUAAUAAAAUAAAUAAAUGAAAUCAACCCAUAUUCCAAAAUUUUCCCAUUUACUUAUUUAACCCUUCGUAGUCCUUCCCCUUUUAUUCAUCAGAUCAAUUUACACACACCCAUCUCUAAUCUCCCCAUCCAUUUACCCAAAAAAGUGAAACCAAAAAUCCAAAAAAAGUCCUUUCAAAUCCAACCAACUUAACCACCUUCAAACCUAAUUAUCCUUUUCCUCUUUUUACAUCCCCUCCUCAGCAGAUGCGCUAAUUCCCCUAUAUUUUCCGGCGUCAAUGUGGCGGCCGUGGGCAAUUUCAUCAUCGCCGAAAAUUUCCGACACCUCUUUCUUUACUUCUCGACCCAAAAAUCAACCCGCCAUUUUCCGAUGUUCAUCUUUCAAAGACGUUGAAAAUCUCUGCAACAAUCAAGAUUACAACCAUUUUGACCUCGAUUUAUCUUCUUCCCCAUCUAACAAUAAUACCCUUGAACGUUACCCUUCUGUCCCUACACCCAUCCGUCGCUCCAUUUUCCACCGGGUCCGAACCGUUAACUCUCUUCUCCGUCAAUGGCAUACCAGAUCCGACCCACCAAAACUCGACCCUAUUCCCGACGAAACCCCAACUCCCAAAACCCCCAAGCCUCACCAGGCUCGAGUAGUGGUAUACCUCACCAGUCUCCGCGUAAUUCGACCCACAUUCGAAGCUUGCCGAGCUGUGAUGUCGAUACUCCAUGGGUUUCAAGUUGUGAUAGAUGAGAGAGAUUUAAUGAUGGAUUUGGGAUUCAUGUCGGAGCUCCGAGAACUACUCGGGUUGAAACUUAAUGAGCAGCUUACAUUACCGAGAGUUUUCAUUAAUGGAAGAUAUGUAGGUGGGUCGGAAGAGAUAAUACACCUCCAUGAAAUCGGUAAAUUGAAGAAACUAGUUUCUGGGUUACCUCCAAAGAAGAACAACACGUGCGACACGUGUGGUGGUUACAGAUUUAUCCUCUGCUCAGAUUGUAGCGGCAGCCAUAAAAAAUUCUCGGAAAAAAUUGGGUUUCGAUCUUGUUCGAUGUGUAAUGAGAACGGUUUGGUUAAAUGUCCUGAUUGUUCUGCGUUGUCGCCUACUCUCUGCCGUCCGAUUUUAGCUCCCAUCAACGGCUGCUGAUUAACCAGGUUAAAUUUUUUUGGGGGAGGGAUUUUAGGUUUAAUUAUGUUUUAGGGGGAAAAUUAGGUGACAUUUCGUUUUUUUAAUUUUAAAUAGACAUUAUUUUUGGUUGUAUUGUGUUGUUUUUGUUGUGUAAUGUAAAGAUGAUGAUGACAUAAAUAGGGGAAUCAAGACUUUUAGUUGGGUAAUUAAUUUUUUUAGACAAAUAUUUUUGUUUGAUGGUAUUUUAUUCUUAAGUACGUUUGGUUUUAUAGUGAAUUACAUGAUAAAUGUUGAUAAUUGAUGGGGAAUAUUUUCAUUUUCAACUUGUUAUGUUGGAGUAAGAACGAACACUUAUCAUCUGAUCGACGUCCGAUAACUAAGCCUUGUCUAAGUUAGACUAAAUACAAUUUUUUUCAGACAAGGUUUCGAGAUUGAAUAUUUCCUAGUCAUUUCGUUUGCUCGAUCUGUUCUAUAAUUCAAAAAUAAAGUACACUUAUCCAUCCAUUGUAGAUUUGUUUGUAGUUAACAGUUGUACAUGAUUGUGAAUUAUUGGAGGUUAAAUUAGGUGUUUAUGUGAUUUGUCAAAGGAAACAUGUUUGGAAGGUUCAAUUUGAUAUGGUUCAUUUAUGUUAGGACUGGAUAUGUCAAAUGAUGUGUCUUUUUGGGAAAAACUAAGCAAGGUUUUAGAAUGUUCUCUGUUAAGCACUACUAGGAUUACUUAUAAGUAAUCACCAAUGCACAACAAUGAUGAUUAUUUGAAAUUGGGCCUUCAAAAUUCUUAGUCAUUUAGAUGCUUGUUAUUUGCCGCCCAUAGUUUAGUUAAAGAGGUUGGUUUUUUGUUUGUGAAUAGUUGUUAGAAUUGUUCAAAUCAUAUAGACAUUGGGGUGUUUUGCCAACAUAGCUUAUUGGGUUAUGUUGUCUUAUUUUGAUACAAAUAGAUAAUUGGAUGGUUAAACCAACCGUUGCUAAUGUUUGGUAAACUAGCUGGUUGAAAUAACUUAUUAUUACGAAUAAGCUUUUUUGAACAAACUCCAUAAGCAGGGGGUUUAAAAAUAGCUGGUGACAUCAAUUAAUAAAAUCAGUUGAUCAAGUCAGUAACUGUAAUCAACUAUCAAUUGUUUGCCAAAUACCACUAUUAACUAUUAAUUAGCUUUGGCAGGUGAGGGGCUUCAUUCUCCUUGCUAUUUCAUCAUUCUUGCUGUAAGACAACUCUAAAUGAUCAAGUCGACACAAGUAACAAACAUUAUAGAUCCUGAGAGAUGUUCAUUCAGGUCAUCGUGUCGAUUUCACGUUAUGUGUUUCGGGCAGUCUAAAUUCGUGUCUUGAGUCCACAUUAUUUUUUGCAUAAUUUUUAAUUCACGUUGAAUUCGAGUUCGAUUACAAGGUCGGAUAAAUACCAUUUUGUUAGACCAGUUUUAAACAACUAUAGAUAGCAUGAAGUUUGAGUCUGGGGACCACCGAACACUCAAGUCAGUUCCUUGAGCUGUUGGGCAUGCUUAUAAGCUUUUACAUAGUGUUUUGGUUUUGUAUCUUAAUAAAGGGUCCACCAUCAAUUCUAAAACUUUCCCCACUUCCCUUGUUGAAAAAUUUUAUUUAAAUUUACACUUUCAAAGGAGUUGUUUAUAGUUUUUACUGCAAACUGUAUUAUGGGUUGCUGUGCAGCAUAGUGAUUAUAUUGAAUUGAAUGCUUGCAGUUGGUUUGAAAAAUCAUUGAAAUUGAAUACCAGCUCGAUUCAUUAUUCUUCCAUAGCUGGCGUAAAUGUAACAACCUUACUAGGGCUGUAAAAACGGGUUAAAAGGUCGGAAACAGGUCGGUCAAAAACAGGUUCGGUAAAAAACGGUCGGUCAAAAGCAGGUCGUAUAAGUCUUUCGGUACCGGUCGGUUUAUUCGGUAUCCGGUCGAAUCCGGUUUUUUUCCUUGGCGGGUGUCGGUCGGUAUGGGUCCGGUAUUUAUCGGUCCGGUCAUUACCGGAAACAAGUCACAUUCGGUCAGUCCAAAACGGUUUUUUGCAGGUCGUAAUCGGUAUACAGAUCAUAACCGGGCGGUCAAAAUCGGUAAUCGGUCGGUCACAAUCGGUAUGCGGGUCAGAAUCGGUCGGUCACAAUCGGUCGGUUUUGGUCGGUAUCGGUUCAGUUCAAUUUAGUUGAACCGGGAUUCAGUUCUGUUCAGUUCAGUUUUGGUUGGUAUCGGUUCGGUUCAAUUCAGUUAAACCGACAUUCCGGUUAAUUUGGUUGAUAUCGGUUCAGUUCAAUUCAUUUAAACCAUGAUUUAAUUCAGUUCAAUUAUGUUCCAAUUAUUCUGUUCCAAUUUGGUAAAAAAUCGCAUCGUGUUGCCUCAUAAUGUCAUUGAUCAUGCGUUUAUCCAUGAUGGGAAUGAUAUAUACAAGGUGGAACCUCACAUCAAGUUUUAUAGAUGUCGUUAGGUUAUGAGUUUUAUGACAUCAAAUUCAACUAAUCAACUCUAUUUCAACUUUAAGUUUGAUUUUAAACGAACUCUAUUUAAGUUAAUUAAUAUAUUUGAUCAUAGGUCUGGUUAUUUCAACUUGAUAAAUUGAUUAUAAUUGAUAUAUAUUUGAUCAUAUCAGGUUAAUUAUUUUCAAUUUGAUAAAUCAUGUUGUUAUCAAUGUUGAGAAUGAUAGAAGGUGAAACCUCACAUCAAGUUUUUAUAAAUGUGGUUAAGUUAUGAGUUUAAUAUAUAUAUUCAACUAAUCAACUUCGUCUAAGCUAAGUUAAUUAAUAGAUCAUAACAUGUUAUUACAGUCACAAUGUGAGUUUGUUAGAUUGUCUUAAUAAUCUAUCUUCAUCAUUGAUCUGAAUUGACCCUUGUUAGCCCAUGGGUGUGUUAUUUUAAGCUAAUGUGAUCAAUCUAUCUAAUCAAUCUAGCUGCCAGCGAUCUAAGUUAAUUGAUUGGUUUUUCAUUCUAUUUCGUCCUAUCUAAGUCAAUCAUGACAAGUUAACAUGUAAAUCCAUCUACGUUGAUAUGUUUGAUCAUAGGUCUGGUUAUUUCAACUUGAUAAAU